CAUUCAUGUCUCUUCUUUCCAUGACAAACAACAACAAAUGUGCGGUGGCAACCUGUCGCCAGCAAUAGCAUGACAGACCAUCCUCCUCAACGCCAUGAUUUCCGUGGAACUGGUAUCCAACACUCGGGUCCAGGUAAUUUCCACGCAGGCAAUGUGACUAUCCAUUCUCGACGUGAUCAGUGCAUCGCUGACUUGCGGACGACUGACCCCCGCCACGAUAAGAAACGUAUCGAAGAAGCUAAAGGUGGCAUACUACGAGACUCGUACUGUUGGAUUCUUGGCCACGAUAGUUUCCUACGAUGGCGAGACGAUACCGACUGCCACCUUCUCUGGAUCAAAGGCGAUCCGGGCAAGGGCAAGACCAUGUUGCUCUGUGGCAUCAUAGACGAGAUGAAAGACCAGUUUGCCAAUAAGACUUAUGUUUUGUCCUUCUUCUUCUGCCAAGCUACCGAUAAACGACUCAAUAAUGCAAUCGGCGUACUUCGCGGUCUAAUUUACCUCCUCAUCGACCAAGAACGAUCUCUUCUAGUAUCCCAUGUAAAGGAUAAAUAUGAGCAUGCGGGCAAGUCGUUGUUUGAGGACGCCAAUGCCUGGUUUGCAUUGUCUGAGAUGUUCACCAACAUCAUACAAGACCCUAGGCUUCCUAAUAUUAUCCUGGUCGUCGAUGCCCUGGACGAAUGCGAAACAGAUCUCUACAAACUCCUUGACCUGAUCAUGAAGACUCCGCCAAGAUCCCAUGUUAAAUGGCUCUUGUCGAGCCGUAACAUACCCGAUAUUGAGCUGAAAUUACAACCUGAUCAAUCUCAGGAAAGACUAAGCCUUGAAUUGAAAAGCAACGCUGAUCAAGUUUCUUGUGCCGUCAACACCUACAUUGAUAAUCGUAUUUUGGAGAUACCGGGAAUACAAAAUGACCCGGCUCUUCGAACUGCUGUCUGCGACGAAAUCCGUCGUAAGGCGGAUAACACGUUUCUUUGGGUUGGGUUGGUUAUUCAAGAGCUUAAACAAGCGAGCCACUUUGAAAUCAAAGACAUCAUCGAUGAAGUUCCUUUCGGGCUACUAGAGUUAUAUGGGCGAAUGAUACGACAAAUCCAAAAUCUGAAGCGGAAAAAAAGGGCAUAUUGUUUUCAAAUACUUUCAACGGUCGUAACCACAUAUCGCCCACUCUGUUUGGAAGAACUUGUUGCUUUCUCCGAUCUACCUGAAGGACCAUUGAGGAUGGAAGAUGUCAAAGACAUCGUAAAGUUAUGUGGUUCUUUCAUUGCAAUACAAGAAGGUGUCGUCUUCAUUAUUCACCAGUCGGCUCAAGAUUUCCUCAGACAAAACUCGAAAGAUGCCAUAUUUCCUGAUAGUGUGGAAUAUGUCCAUUACAACAUAUUCUCAAGAUCCCUCCAAAUUAUGUCGCGAACACUUCAACGAAACAUAUACAAUCUACGCGAUUGGGGAAUACCUCCCGAUCUUAUCGAGCCACCAAAGCCAGAUCCAUUAACCGCUGUGCGUUACCCUUGCAUCUACUGGUUUGACCACUUGGCUGAGUCCCAAUCCCAAAGAGAGUUACAUAUCAACGAUCUCCAAGAUAACGGUAUCCUCGACGUGUUUCUAAGAAGUCACUUCCUCCACUGGCUUGAGGCCCUUAGUAUCCUCGAACAUAUCCCGAAAGGUACCUCCGCAAUGAUAAUGCUAUGUGAUCUAUUGCAGAACACGACCAGUCAACUUCGCAAGUUUGUCAAAGAUGCAACUCGAUUCAUUCGAUAUCAUAAGCCAACUAUUAAAAGCAGUCCACUUCAGGUAUAUGGGUCAGCGCUUGUCUUUAGCCCGUCGCAGAGUAUAAUCCGACGUCACUUCCAGCACGAAGAGCCGCGAUGGUUAGCUUUAAAGCCGGCCGUAGACAGCCAUUGGGGCGCAUACACAGCGAGUUUCUCCCUUACGGGUCCUGUUGAUUCGGUCGUAUUCUCGCCUGAUGGGAAACGGCUAGUAGUAGGAGUAUACCUUAACGCAUCUAUAAGGGAUGUAGCAGCAGGCGAAAGUGUGGCUACGUUUGGGAACUCUUUGAUCCUGUCACUAGCCUUCUCACCCAACGGGCAACAGUUAGUAACAGGUACGACAAGUGGCGAGGUUAUCGUAUGGGAUAUAGCAACAGGCGAACGCAAAAAAUUCCGAGACGGCGAUGAUGUCGUCCAUUCAGCAAAGUAUUACCUGGUUAUUUCAGUAACUUUCUCAGCUGACGGGAGACGGUUAGCGGCAGGUUUUCAGGAUGGGACAAUUAAAGUGUGGGAUAUAGCAACACACCAAUGCACAACAGUCCGCGCAGCCCAACACUACAAUUAUGGUAAUGUUUCAAUAACCUUCUCGUCUGCUGGGAGAUGGUUAGCGUCGAUUUCGAAUGAUCAGAGGAUUGAAAUAUGGGAUAUGGAGACGGGCGAAUGCACAGCAGUCCAAGACUUUGAUUAUGAGGUUGCCUCAGUGGCCCUCUCACCAGACGGGGGGCAGUUGGCGUCGAGUUCCACUGAUGGGAUAAUCAAUAUAUGGGAUACCGAAUCGAUGACAUGCUUGUCAACGGUCGAGGCUAGUAGCUCGGAUCGUUGUCUGUCUAUAGCCUUCUCACCCGACGGGAGAUGGUUAGCGGCGGGCUUCUAUGCUGCAACAAUCCAUAUAUGGGAUAUUAAAACGAGUGACUUGUUAUUAACAAUCAAAGAUCAUAACGCACGUGUUACCUCGGUGGCCUUCUCGCCAGACGGAAGUCAACUGGCAUCUGGCUCUUAUGAUUGCACAUCUAAGAUAUGGGAUUUGGAAAUAAUUGAAACAUCUAUAGCUCCCCAAAAGGCGAAGGGGCUCAGUAUGUCGGUUACGUGCGGAGCGAUCUCGUCUGACGGGACUUAUGUGGCGUUUGGUUCAAACGAUGGGUGCAUUAUGGUAUGGGAUGUGGCAACGGACUCAUGUCUGAGAACAUUUAAAGAUUCUAACGAACCAAUUACCGCGAUAGCCUUCUCUCCCGACAAGACGUAUGUGGCGGCAGGUUCAGGCUAUGCGAGUAUUUCAUUAUGGGGUGUGGCAACGGGCUCGUGUCUGAGUACACUUAAAGUUUCUAGUGAGCCAAUUACCCCGAUAUACUCCUCGUUCAACAAGGACUAUGCGCCGGUAGUUUUAGGGUAUGCAAGAUAUUCAUUAUGGGAUAUGCUAGUAAGAUCAAAUCUGUACGGAGAUAUCGAUUUUGACCCUGAUGCUGGCCAAAUUAACGCGAUAGCCAUCUCACCCGACGAGGCCUGUGUGGCGGCAGGUAUCAAUGGUGGGCAGAAUAUAAUAUGGGAUGUGGCAACGAGCUCGCAUCUGAAAACACUUCAAGGCCACGAUGGCUUGGCUACCGCGAUGGCCUUCUCACCAGACAAUAGUCGGCUGGUAAUCUAUCGUUGUACGCGUGAUGUCAAUUUGUAUGAAGUAUGGGAUGCAGUCACAUAUAGGCCCAUUGAAAUAUUCAGUACGAGCACACCUUUCAAGAAGAUAGUCUUUUCGCCUGACGGGAGGCUGGUAAUACCAGACGAGAAAACAAGAUCGGAUAUUACGACAGACCUAGUUGUGCCAGAACUUACGGACAAGUUACCUGAGGGUCUAGAAUUAAAUAGGGAGUGGCUGAGCUGGAAUGGUCAGAUGCUGCUUUGGCUGCCUUCUGAAUACCAGCCAUUCAGGACGGAAGGCGGAUAUAAAACUAUUGUAACGGACGUUUCCCAAACAACCAUUGCAGUGUGUUGCAAUCAUGGGCGGGGUUGGAUGUUGAAAUUACGAACGGACAGUGAUGGCCAGUUGUGCGAAGGGUGAGAAAUGAUAUUGUUAUGAUUAGCAGUAAGAGCUCAAGUCAGGCGAAACGAGGAGACGAAUAAUGUUUAUAUCUCACCAAGAGAUUGCUGCAGAGCCUUACUUGACUUGAUAUAAGAAUCGUUCCAGACAUCAAUGAACUGUCGAAAAUACCAGGUAAUAAAAGCUGUGGGUCUCAGCCCGGGGGAUUGGUACACUAGCUGAUGAUUCAGCUUUGCUUAUUCCCUCCUAAGAUGGAUGGAUGGAAUGCA